AUGGCGGAGCCCUCCGAGCCCGGGCGGCAGGCGUCCGCGGGCGGCGGGAGCCUGGAGGAGGAGGACGAGGAGGACGAGGAGCGGGAGCCGCUGCUGCCGCGGAUCGCCUGGGCCCAGCCGCAGAAGGGCGCUCCGGGGGGCGCCGUGCGGCUGGAGAAGGCUGUCGGGGAGGAGGGCGCGGCCUCCCCUAACCAGGCCAGUGACCGGGAACUGCUGCUCCUGCCCAGGGAUGCGUCUUUCUUCUCUUCCCUGAGUUUGGGGUGCCUGCGGAGCUCGCCCACCAACCUGGACCGGAACCGCCCAACAUUGAUUUUUCUUAAUGCAAUAAUUGUUGGUUCUUCAGAGUUGAAUACAUCCUUGGAUGAUCCAGAAUUUGCUGAUGUUAUAUUGAAAGCAGAGCAAGCAAUAGACUUUGGAGUUUAUCCAGAAAGAAUCUCUCAAGGUUCAAGUGGAAGUUACUUCGUGAAGGAUCCUAAGAGGAACAUUAUUGGUGUGUUUAAACCCAAAUCNGAAGAGCCUUAUGGUCACCUGAAUCCAAAAUGGACCAAAUAUGUUCAUAAGGUCUGCUGCCCUUGCUGCUUUGGCAGAGGCUGCCUGCUUCCUAAUCAGGGAUACCUUUCCGAAGCUGGUGCCUCCCUUGUGGAUGAAAAGCUUCAUCUGGGCAUUGUACCAAAAACAAGGGUGGUUUGGCUCGUCAGUGAGACAUUUAACUACAGUGCAAUUGACCGUGCAAAAUCUAGAGGCAAAAAGUAUGCUUUAGAGAAAGUGCCAAAAGUAGGUAGAAAAUUUCAUCGGAUAGGACUUCCUCCUAAGAUUGGUUCCUUUCAGUUAUUUGUUGAAGGUUACAAGGAGGCUGAAUAUUGGCUUAGGAAAUUUGAAGCUGACCCUUUGCCUGAGAAUAUUAGAAAACAAUUUCAGUCACAGUUUGAAAGAUUAGUUAUUUUGGAUUACCUCAUCAGAAAUACAGACAGGGGAAAUGAUAAUUGGUUAAUCAGAUGUGAAAACCAGAAACAAGAAGAUGAAAUUACGGAAACAAAAUGGACUGAUGAUAAAGAAGCGCUUAUUAAAAUAGCUGCAAUUGAUAAUGGUCUAGCAUUUCCUUUUAAACAUCCUGAUGAGUGGAGAGCAUAUCCAUUUCACUGGGCUUGGCUUCCUCAAGCAAAAGUUCCUUUUUCUGAAGAAAUAAGAAAUUUGGUUCUACCACAUAUUUCUGACAUGAACUUUGUGCAAGAUUUAUGUGAAGAUCUUUAUGAACUUUUUAAGACUGACAGAAGAUUUGACAAAGCCACUUUUGAAAGGCAGAUGUCUGUGAUGAGGGGUCAGAUCUUAAAUCUUACUCAGGCAUUGAGAGACCGGAGGAGUCCUGUCCAGCUAGUACAGAUGCCUUGUGUGAUUGUGGAGCGCAGUCAAGGUGGAGGUCAGGGUCGGAUCGUCCACCUCAGCAAUUCAUUCACCCAGACUGUCCACUGCAGGAAGCCUUUUUUUUCCUCCUGGUAG